CACCCCCAAGGCACUGCACAUACCAGUAUAUACUCGUGGUUAUGACGAAGGGGUUGGUUGGAAUACAUUUAAGCUCUUCCCUGGAUCGGCCCCCUGAUGCAUGAAGCAUCAUGGCCUGAAAUCUCACCUUGUCUUUUGCUUUCAGUAUUUGAAAGAUGGUCUUUAACACCGAGCACGUAUGGAUGCACUUUUCUCUCCCUUAUUUUUGUUUGGUUUCAUGUAACCAGGGUUUUCUUUAUCAGUUUUCAAAGAAGGGAUUCCCUUUAUCAUUGGUGUGUUUAUUUCUCUGAUAUUUACAACUGAACUUGGUUACUAACGUGCUUUGUGUUUUCUUUGCAGUAAACGUGAACUUUAUCCAGACAUUAUUGAUCCUUUUUAACAACACCUGUACUAUAUGUAGGACCAUUUAAACCGAAGUGCAAAAACCAUUUUUAAAAAAAUGUUUUUAAGAUGUAAGGUGGCUUUUUAUUUGUAGGACUUCAUUGCACAAUAUGUGAAAGUCACAAGAAACGUCAUCUGUGAUGUUUUCACGAUAGCAUAAGUUGGAAAAAUGCAGACAUGAAGGUCAGAUAUUUUAGCAAAGCAGGCUUUGUUUCUCCAACAAAAGAUUCAUGGAACAGUAUGCAGUAUUCAUUGUCAGGCUACCUGUACUUAAAUGAACUUGAGCAAGUGCAAACGAGAUCUUUACAAAAGGUUUGCCCAAGCCUUGUUCCAUUCCAGUGCACUGCAAUUAUAGACACAUAUGCACACUUACGUUGUAAUUUACUUUGUCCGUACAGUGGUAACUUUUCUUAACAGGUGUUCUGACCAGCUAGCACUACUGAUUUUAAUUUGACAGUGUGUGGAAGUGGUUCUUAACACUAUUAAUUAUAGCUGCAUGCUCUAAAGGCCUACCCACAUGACAAGAUGGAGCCACCAGUAGCCAAACGUGCACACAUUGAUGAGGGCGUCGAGAAAGACGUGGCCACACCCAAACCCACCCAGAUGCGUCUCUGCAUCGCUACGUGUAACCGAGCAGAUUACUCCAAGUUGGCACCCAUCAUGCUUGCUGCCAAGGCUGAUGAAGAGAUUGACUUGUCCGUCAUUGUCCUUGGCUGUCAUCUCAUUGAUGACUAUGGGUCUACAUAUCGCUACAUAGAACAAGAUGGCCUUGAUAUUGAUAGUCGUCUUCACACCAUUGUCCGAGGGGAAGAUGAGGCGGCUAUGGUAGAGUCCGUCGGAUUGGCCAUGGUCAAGCUGCCUGAUGUCUUACUGCGGCUUAAACCUCAUGUCUUGGUGGUCCACGGUGACCGAUUUGAUGCUUUGUCUCUUGCCGCAUCGGCUGCACUGAUGAACAUUCGCAUUGUACACGUGGAAGGAGGAGAGAUCAGCGGCACUAUUGAUGACAUGAUUCGUCAUUCCAUCACCAAGCUGGCCCACUAUCAUGUCUGCUGCACGGAGCGAGCGCACAGUCGACUCUUGGCCAUGUGUGAGGAUAAUAAUUCCAUCCUACUGGCAGGCUGUACCUCCUAUGAUAAACUCUUAAACACCGACACCACUAACUGCUCAGCUGUGAUGGAAAAGUGGCUACCAAAGGAUGUCAAACCACACGAUUACAUCGUCGCCCUGCAACAUCCAGUCACAACCAACAUCAGUAAAUCGUUGAAGAUGUUCGCACUGAUGCUGGAUGCAUUGUUGGAAUUUGGCAAGAAGGUCAUUGUACUCUUCCCCAAUAUAGAUGCAGGAAGUAAAGAAAUGACCCGCAUCAUGCGUCAAAAGGGCAUCGAACACCACCCGAACUUCAAGACAGCUAAACACAUACCCUUUGAUGAGUUCCUCAUAUUGGUAGCCAAUGCUGGCUGCAUGAUUGGCAACAGUAGCGCCGGGAUCAGAGAGGCUGGGGCAUUCGGAACCCCGGUCAUCAAUCUGGGGUCUCGUCAGACAGGAAGAGAAACUGGAGAGAAUGUCUUACAUUGUAGAGAAGCUGAUACUACAGAGAAAAUCAAACAUUCCCUGGAGAUCCAGUACCAGAAACAAUACCCUCCUUCAUACAUCUAUGGUGACGGUCACGCUGUUCCUCGCAUCAUGAAGUUCUUGAAGUCCCUGGAUAUUACUGGCGAGACGCAGAAGAUGUUUAUUUUUCCACCGAUGCCCACCAGCCACCAUCGAGACAUUGACCAUAUCUUGGAGAGGCAAAGUGCCCUCGCUGUUGACCUGGGUGGCACGCAACUGAGAGUAGCACUCAUUGAGAACCAUGGGGAAAUUCUUGCUCAGACAUCACAUCCUACCCCCAAAACCAAUGAAGAGCGUAUGUCCAAGUUGUUAGAGAUGUUGAUGAACCUGGCCCAGAAAGCUAUAUCUCUGAACUGCAGGGUGCUAGGAGUAGGAAUCAGUACAGGAGGUCGAGUGGAUCCAGGAGGGGGAGUAGUCAAACAUUCCACCAAAGCUUUAGAAGGUUGGUCAGAAAUUGACCUAAGGACUCCAAUAUCUAGCAUGCUGCACCUGCCUGUCUGGGUAGAUAACGACGGUAACUGUGCUGCUCUCGGUGUACGUGCCUUUGGCUGUGGAAAAGGAGUAGAAGACUUUGUUACCAUAGCAACGGGAACUGGAAUUGGUGGAGGCAUUGUUCUGGGUGGUAAGCUCAUCCAUGGAACAGAGUUCUGUGCAGCUGAAUUGGGCCACACUAAGGUUUCCUUAGGAGGACCAACCUGUCAAUGUGGGGGUACUGGAUGUGUGGAAGCUUACAGCUCUGGAUUGGCUCUACAGCAAGAGGCUCUGAGGCUGUAUGCAGAGGGUAAUCUGCUGACUGAGGGAUUCCAUCUAGAGAAUAACGAGAAGAUCACAGCCAGGCACUUAGUUGAGGCUGCCAAGCUUGGUAAUAAGAAGGCACAGGACAUCUUGGACAGAGGUGCCAAGGCUGUGGCAUCAGUGGUUGUGAAUCUUCUUCACAUCCUUAACCCGUCCAUGGUGGUCCUGUGUGGUGUGUUAGCCCCAGCUUACAUUGAGACAGUGCGUAACGUUGUCAAGAAAGAGGCACUGCCCUCGGCUGGUCACGCAGACAUCACAGCCUCCUCGCUUCAAGAACCGGCUCUGUUGGGAGCUGCUAGUCUGGUCCUCGAAUACGCUACUAGAAGGAUCUACUGAAAUAUCAACAUUUUCUACAUGGUGUGGUCAUAUUUAUCACUCUAUGAGUGGACAUAGCUUUCCUUCUUACAUCUACCCGGGUGUAAGGCUGCCUAUCGUUAUAGCAGUUGUUUACAUUUGAAGCUAGGAACCUGGAAUAAAGGAGAUUUUAGUUUGGACCAUUUCUAUUUAUUUCUGUGGGACCGGUGUAAUGCCCACUGAUGUGUCAUAUUUAUGGACAUUUCAGGCCAACUAGCAUAGGCAGUGUGAUAAAUUUUACAGAUUUUUGUUUUUAGGUAGAGUGGAUGCCUUGGCUUUAUUUUUGAAUUGUGGAAAAAUUUGGCUGCUUUACUGAAGGAUGAAAUGAAUUUUAACAUGGGUUUAUGGACAACCAAUCAAUUAUUUAAGAUUUUAAAGGUACUGUAGGACCUACAUUUGUGUUGUAUUGUAGAUCAAGAAGCAGGGAGCUGUUACUCUGUGCCAGGGAAUAGCAGUCGAGUAGGUUUGAGGAUACACGUCAGUCUAGCAACUUAUGAAGGACUUUUUGGCUCAUUGUUUGUAGCUCUAGAGGGUAUUUUCUUUGAUAAAUUCCCUUGUUUAGUCUGGAAGGAAACUGGCUUGGGCCUGAUGACUGUGUCUUCUAACUUCUACUUCAACCCUGACUUUUGGUAGGUGUUUGGUUGCUGAUGAUACUAGCCUGGUCCACAAGCCGCUGAGAGUUGCUCGAGAAAAUCAGAUGACAACAACCAUGUGUGUGUGUGUAUCUCUGGGUUCUUUUGUCAAAUGGCCCAUUUGUUUUGAGUCUAAGUAGAUUGCUUGACAUGCUGGAAGAGUUUUGCUGCAGUUUGAUGUCGACAGGAUUUGGCAAAGGAGUACCUAGGACUUUCGCCCAUGUUCUAAAUCUGCGAUGUUGCCUCCAACAUAUCAUUGGACAUACUACAUUGCAAUCUGCUUUAAAUUAAUGAAUACAGAUUAGAUUUUGUUUUUGGUGUACAUCAUGGCAGUUGUACCAGCCUUUCCAUUGUGGGUCCAUACGUAAUUCAGCACGUAGGUCAAAGUAUUGGCAGUGAUAUUUGAAUGUUGGACAUUCUUAGAAAUUUAUUUAUGACUUCGUUUUCUCCACCCCUAUACCCGAUGAAUAAAUUUUAAGAUUCAUUUUCUUCGAUAAGACUUUGUAAAGGUCACAUCAAUUACUUGGAGGAUUGUCAGAUGUUGACAAAAUGAUAUGACCGUUUUACUUAAUGUGUAAGUCCUAAGUGUACAGAUCAACACCACAAGGUGUGGCCAUUCUUUCUAUUGCAUGAGCGACAUGUACGUAAGUAUUUAUAUAUUUAAUGAACUCUGAUUCCGAAAUCUAGACAGAGUGCAAAGUCGGCUGAUACAUGUAUAGGCCUUGAGCUGGACCAAAAGAGGGCGCUAUUUCCAUAGCGACAGAGGCUCCUUUGGAACUAACUGCAAAUUGCUGGUCCACGAAUGACAGCAGUCGCGCCGCUAACAACAAAAUUAACACUCCUGACCAACGUGGCUCAAGUGAUGAGGGGUGCUUCUGCUCGAGAUGGAUACAUACAUUUAUGUGCCUCAGAAGUUGGAAAGAUGUCAGCACCUAGAUUAAAUCUAAGUAGAGAAUAAAUAGUAAUACUGUUUGCUUGAAUAAAGUCGUUCUGUGAUUGGAGAACAGCCUUGUGAUCAGCCUGAAAAUAGCCAUGUUACAUGGAUCAAGUUCAUUAUGCACUGUUUGAUGUAAGUGAAUGGAACACUGUGCUCACAAAUGAAGAUGUCAACUGUUCUUUCAGACAAGAAGUUUCGCAGGAGUCGGAGGUUUUCAUGUAUUGAUUCAUUUCUUGUACUGUAGUUUACAGUUGUCAUUUUGACUUAUUGGCACAAUGUACACAAACGAUAAUUGAAUGCCAUGAUUGGGAUAUUCCGUUGUUCAACUCGGCUGGCAGCAAUGCUCAAGGUGCUGUGUGCCCCUCAAGGCCUUUGGCAUAUCCUGCAUCAGAUCUGUCAACAAUUUUUCAAUAAUUUUGAUGGUACAGAAUAAAUUCAUAAGUGGUAUGAAAGCAGGUGAUUAUUGAAAGAUAAGUACAUAACACAUGGACGUUGCAUGUUUUUACUUUAGAAUUUUAUUUUUGGAUUGAAAUUGAUGUUUUAUGUCAUUGUAGACAUGGAGACACCUGUAGCGGGUCUUUGGCUUAUAUACAUGUACAUGUGCACCCCUGAUUCACAUCUUGAGUUAGAGCUAUGUACAUUGAUAAAUACGGCAUUCAAAGCAACUCUUUGAGCUUUAAAUAAAUUAUAUAUAUAUGAAUAUGCCAAAGAAGCUGUAUAUUUAUCAAAGACUGGUUUAACCCAAGAAUUGUGAAGAUGAAAUCUUUAUUACAUAAAGUUUGACAGCUUCUAAAUAAUUUUGGUUUUUCUUCACUGUGUGGUACAUGUAUAUUACUAUAAAAAUCCAGCUUCAAUUAUAAAUAUUGAAUGUUUUUGUUUUUUCAAUCCAAGUUUGAAUUUAUUUCACUGAAGUUAGAUAAAUAAACGUUCUUGCUGUUUUGACCUUAAA